AUGGAUUUUCCUACGGAUUCGACGUUUCCGAUGGACAGUGAUAGCGAAUCGUCUUCCGACAAUGAAACGCUUAAAUAUUUUGUGUCGGUGUAUAACGAACUAGAAUCAAGUUCGUCCCGCCCAAAGAAGAAGAUAGUGAAUCGUGAUCGAACCAUAGACGGUGAGAGUCACAAUUAUGUCUUAAGACCGUGUCCACGAAAGAGGGGUGCUAAUAAAGAGGACAAAAGAGGGUAUAAUUUACGUGUGGCUUCUUGGAAUGUAGGAUCUCUUAGUAGUAAGUUGCUAGAGUUAGUUGAUGUGCUUAAAAGGCGUAAGGUACAAAUAGCAUGUCUUCAAGAAACUAGGUGGAAGGGGCAUAGAGGGGCAGAAUGCAAUGGGUAUAAGUUGUGGUAUUCAGGGUCGGAUGGCGCUAAGAACGGAGUGGGUUUGCUAGUGGCUAGUGAACUGCAUAAAAAUGUUGUGGAAGUGAUAAGGUACAACGAUAGGAUUAUGAUGUUAAGAUUGGUAAUAGGUGAGGAGGUAAUGGCUGUGAUUUGCGCCUAUGCGCCUCACGUGGGAUUAGGAGAUCGGGAGAACAUAGAGUUUUGGGAUUGCUUAGAUGUUGUACUGAGGGCCAUACCUAGGGAGGAGAGAAUUUUUAUAGGAGGUGACUUUAACGGCCAUAUAGGUAAGGAUAGUGAUGGUUUUCAGGCGGUACACGGGGGUUUUGGUUUUGGUGAUAGGAAUGAGCCUGGUAGGGACCUUCUAGAGUUCGCAGUGGCCCACGACCUGGGUAUUAUGAACUCGUUUUUUAAGAAACGAGUUUCACAUUUGAUCAUUUUUAGUAGCGGGGGGCGUAACACGCAAAUAGACUACCUAUUGAUGAGGCGAGAAGAUCGACGAUGGUGGAGGGACUGCAAGGUUAUACCAGGGGAGACAACAGUGACUCAACACCAUUUGCUAGUAGCGGAUUUACGUUUGAGAAGAAAACUGUCGGAGAGGGAGAGGAAAGGUCGACCUAGGAUCCGAUGGGGAAGCUUGAAGGGAGACAAGAUUACAGUGUUUAGAGACAAGGUUAUCCCUAUGACAGCCGAUUCGGUGGGAAGGGACGCAAACCGAAUGUGGGAGGCUAUGGCGACCACCAUCACCCAGGUGGCAGUGGAGACACUAGGGGUGACAACAGGAAUGACUAGCGGACAUAAAGACACCUGGUGGUGGAGUGAGGAUGUACAAAUUAAGAUAAGGGAUAAACAAGAGAGUUUUAGGGAUCUUUUGACGUGCACAGUCGAGGAAGAGCGAUUGAGGUUGAAGGAGAGGUAUAAAAAGGCCAAAAGAGAGGCAAAGAAGGCAGUGGUAGAGGCAAAGAACACAGCUUACAAGAAGAUGUAUGACCGCUUGGAGACGAAGGAAGGAGAGCAUGCCAUGUUCAGGAUUGCCAAAGCUAGGGAGCGUAGAAAGCAGGAUCUAGGUGUAGUGAAAUUUAUAAAGGGAGAAGAUGGGCAUGUCCUAGUAAGAGAACAAGACAUUAAGCUGAGAUGGCAAACCUACUUUCGUAAUCUUUUCAAUGGGGGAAAGGAAGCCGAAGAAGAAAGCGACCACAACAACAUUCAAGGACGACAACGGAAUAACUGCUAUUGUCGGAGUAUUACAAUGGGAGAAGUAAGGACAACACUCAAGAAGAUGGGAAGGGCUAAAGCUGUUGGUCCUGACAACAUACCGAUAGAGGUGUGGAAGUGUUUCGGAGAGGAUGGAGUUCGAUGGCUAGCUAGUUUGUUUAAUGUUAUUUUCAAAUUUGGAAAAAUCCCGGACCAGUGGAGGAGUAGUGUCGUAGUGCCCUUGUAUAAGAACAAAGGAGAUGCCCAGUGUUGUGGGAACUACAGAGGAAUCAAGUUACUAAGCCACACUAUGAAACUAUGGGAGCGGGUAAUUGAGACUAGGAUUAGAAAAGAAACUCAGGUUACGGUAAACCAGUUUGGUUUCAUGCCAGGGCGCUCAACGACUGAAGCGAUCCAUAUUCUACGGAGACUAAUGGAAAAGUACAGGGAGAAGAAGCGAGACCUACAUAUGGUGUUCAUUGACCUUGAAAAGGCAUAUGAUAGUGUGCCACGUAGACUGAUUUGGGAAAGCUUGGAGGAUAGGGGAGUUCCUGGAAAGCAUAUAGACUUAAUUAGGGGUAUGUAUGAUAGGACUGUGACUACAGUCCGUGCGCCUGUAGGAUAUACAGAGUCUUUCCCCGUGGAAAUAGGACUCCACCAAGGGUCCGCGUUGAGUCCAUUUCUUUUUGCGGUGGUCUUGGAUGAGCUGUCCAAGUCGAUUCAAGAGACAGUUCCGUGGUGCAUGCUUUUUGCCGACGAUAUAGUGUUGGUUGCUGAAACGAGACAAACCCUAAAUGCGAGGCUAGAGGAAUGGAGAGCAGUCCUAGAGGGCAAUGGUUUAAGGAUCAGCCGCUCAAAGACUGAAUACCUCUAUUGUAAUUUCGGUGGUGCAGAUGACAACGAGGACCCCCAGCUUACCAUUGAGGGUCAAGUGGUCCCACAAAUGACUAAGUUCAAGUACUUAGGAUCGUUUGUGCAAAGGGACGGGGAGAUAGACAGUGACGUAUACCACCGCAUCCAGGCUGGUUGGUGUAGGUGGAGAGCAGCCACUGGGAUUUUGUGUGAUAGGAGGUUCCCAACAAAAUUAAAGGGAAAAUUUUAUAGGGUAGCACUUAGACCGGCUAUGUUAUACGGGACAGAUUGUUGGGCCAUCAAGAAAACACAAGCACGUAAGAUGGAGGUAGCGGAGAUGAGGAUGUUGAGGUGGAUGUGUGGCCACACGAGGUUAGACCGAAUAAGAAAUGAGGUUUUUAGGGAAUGGUUAGGAGUGGCUAGUAUAUCAGACAAAUUAAAAGAGGAGAGAUUGAGAUGGUUUGGGCAUGUGAAGAGGAGACAAUUGACAGAACCAGUUAGAGUAGUGGAAACCAUGACAGUGGAAGGAAGGAGGAGUAGAGGCAGGCCCAAGUUGACUUGGGAUGAACGACUUAGGCAAGAUUUGGUAGAGUUGCACCUCUCCGAGGACAUGGUUCAGGAUAGGAGCUCGUGGAGACGUAGGAUUAAGGUUAAGGACUUGUAG